AUGCAGGCCGAGCUGCGCGAGCAGCUCGACGCGCUGCAGAUUUCGAUGGAGGCAGAGGCGAGGCGCGCUGAUGCCGCAGAGGCAGAGAGGUCAAGGCUGUACGACAAGAUGGAGGGGAUUAUGCGCACGCGUGAGGGGUUGAUCGACGCACUCGCAGAGGCGCAGCGCAAGCGCGAACAAGGCCGCGUCCGGACGAUCAUGACGUCGGCCGGGACCCCCCGUGCGGGGGCCUUCCCACUGCGAUCAUUUGCCGCCAAGUCAUAUCGUUGCUCAGCUGACGACGGGAUUACCACCGGUCGGUGUUUCGUCCUCCUCGGAGUCUUCUUCCCCGGCUUCCUCCCGUUCGGCUCUACCUGCCGUGUGUCCCGAACCGCUGUGAUGUGGGACGCGAACAUCGGACCCGGCUGCGCCGACUCGCCCGGCGUCUCGCACCUCCCGCGCAUCUCGCCGCUCCUCUGGGUCGGCAACGAGAUCGCGCCGUCGGUCGGCAGCUUCGACGUCGUGGUCUCGACCGUUCCGCCGCGAAGUUGCAGGACGGGCGCGAGGCAGCCCGAGCUGACGACUCACGCUAUCAUGUUUGCCGACGGCCAGGGCAGCGAGACUGCGGCGGGCGUCGCCUUUGCGAAGCGGUGCAUCCUCGAGGGCGCCGAGUGCGUAGCGGCUGCUGUGGCCGCGGGCAAGUCCGUCCUCGUCCACUGCGCGUGGGGCCAGAACCGCUCCUGCGCGAUCUGCUGCGCUUUUGCCGUCUUGCACAGGAGUAUGUCGGCUAACGAGGCUAUCGACUACGUUCGCGAGCGAAACAUCGCCGAGCGAUCAUACGCCGGUCAGCAGCCGCCGGGCGGCGCGAUGCACAACCGGGUGGGUGACCGGCUGACGUUUAUUGAGUAG